AGCAUGCGCCGUUGCAAUGAACAAUCGUUUCAUCUUCACAACAAUAACAAUGAACGUCUGCCAGUCUUGCGUGGCUGGUCUAAACGCUCUACAUUACAGAAGAUUGGUCUAGGUUUAGUUUGUCUAAUACUUAAGAAAAACCGAGAGACUGUGCAGAUUCAUAAGACGGUAAGGAAACGCUUAAGACAGACAAAAAGUGUGAAGUGUCUGUGCCAAGCUGAAGUGACCUCCAAUCUGCUGGGUACCCCACCUGAGCUGGGUGACUUACCUUGACUGGAUAACGUACUUGUACUGAGUGACUUCCCAGGAGUGAUAUGGGGCUGCGAGAGGACAAAGUGGGUAGCCUGGAAAAUGAGGCCAAGAGGAGGCGAGAAAAGUUGCUGGCGUUGAAGCGGAAAUGCCGCGGUGGUGACAGCGCGGAGGAUGAGCAGCAGGGCCAGGAAGGAGGGGCUGGUGAAGAGGGAGACGCAUCCAAGGAGGGGGAGGAGCUACCUGCCACACAAGUCCUAUUCAGGAACUACAAACCUGAGAGUGGGUCCCUGCAGGAAGUAACCCUCCCUGCUGAGGCUCCAGCAGAUGUGGAGACACUGGUCAAGACACAAUUGGAUGAUGGAGAAAAAGCCAAGGAGGAGGUGCAGGUUGAGAUCACCAAUCUUGCACCAAAAAAGAUAACCUUUGACCUGAAGCGAUGCAUCCAGCCACAGCUUGACAAACUUGAGAGGCGCACUGACAAGGCCAUCGCAGAGCUCAUCCGACAGAGGUUAAAGGAGGGUAAACAGCAAGACUUCCUCAUUGCUGUAAAUGCAGGAGCACAAGCAAACCAGAAAGCAAGCUUUGAUUCUGAUGAAGACUAGGCUGAUGGUUUUUAUCAUAACCUUCUUCAAAUUCGUAUGUCUUAAAAGAUUGUAUAAACCUUGAAAAUUGGGCCAAUACAAACUAUUUUUCUAUAUUUGACAUCUAUUUAUGAACUUCCCUCCAUGAGGAUGGCUGCAAUGAGAUUUCAUAGAGUCAGCUACCUUACAAAAGGCCAGCUGGGAAACAUAUUUGGCAAGUUAUUAAAAUUGACUACAGCAAACCCAGAUAACAGUGAUUUAUCCUGUGGUUAUGUUAAGAACAAUUAGUGUUUAGUAACUGCCUGGUCUGAGACAUCUCAUUGUGCACAGCUACCCAUAUUCAGAGCUACAAUGAAGAAUGAAGCUGAUUUCUUCAUAGGUAUCAAGAGGCCUUGGUAGAGCCCAGACAGUCUAGGAAGUGAUGUCACAGGGGGUAUUUGGGGACACGUAACUCCCAAGGAUCCCUAGGAUACAUCAUUCAGGUAACUCUUAAGUACUCUUCAUAGCUGGACAUAUUCACAGUUGAAUUAAACUCAGUUCCAGUUGCCACUCAUCCACAAAAACCCAAGACAUCUCUAAGCAAAUUAAUGCUGCACUUGUAAAUUCUCAUCACCACUUGAAGAAUAGGAAAAAUGGACAAGAGUGGGCAGAUCCUCACCCAACACCACCUGGGAUGAAAUAUAAAUGGAAGGAAAUUAAACUGACACUUUUAUUGUGGGAGAGAUAUACUUUCUGAAAAAUUUUAUUUUUUUAUGUAUUUGAUAAAAUAUAUAUGAAAAUUGUUGAAUUCUUUAGUUUUAUUCAUUCAGGGAUCAGGAUGUAGUUAAAUAUUCCUUUCUUCAUUCUGGUGUCUUCCAAGUGUUAUCACUGUUCAGUUCGUGCCCUGAGUCUUGGUUCUGUGAUUAGAAAAACCAAUAUGUUCUAUUGAACUAUACUGAGCAACAUUUUUUGUAGUAAAAGUAUUAAUGCUACUGAAUUUACAGCGAUGUAAAAGUUAGCACACUUGGGUCACAACUGAGAUCAAAAUUCAAAUUCAAGAGUGAGAGGAGACAAAUUGUGGGUUUUAUCAACUUUAAUCCAGCAAUCAGUAUGUGCAGAAUGUUAAUUUCAGGCAUUCAUAAUUUUCCUCAGCAGUGUGUCACAGUUUGUUGGGUGAGAGUAUACUGGCAAACGAAACUUUUCUCACAUUCUUAGCAUUUAUAUUUUUUUUACACCAGUCUGUCAGGGUGUGUAUAUUCAGGUUAAUCUUUUAUUUUAUUUAUUUAUUUUAUUUUAUUUUAUUUUUUCCACAUAUUUGACAUUCAAAAUUUAUAAACAUCUCACAUUUUGAAACCAUUUCAGUUUUGGUUUUGUGUUAAUCCAAAGUCAAGUAAAAGUCACAUGAAAAUUUAAUAAUCAUAACAUAUAGCCACACACAUACCUCUUACCACAUAAAUCACAUCAUAUUUUACGUCAGAUUUUGUAUACAGAAAAUGGAUAAGAUUAGACCAUGGCAAACACAGAUAAUGUGAUAAGCAUUUCUCACAAUAUUAACAUAGCUGCCAAUCUUCUAAGAAAGAGGGAAGUGCUUUUUGGCAUAAUUGAAGACAAGAAGUUUUAAUGGGAAGAGGGGAUAAUUUAAUAAGGCAUCCAAAAGCAAUCCCUUACCUCUCUGAUCCUUGAGGGUGUUCCAGAGGAAGUUUACCAUCAUCUAUCUUGAUUUAUGAAGUAUUAAAGUUAUGACCAAAAUUUUGUCCUUUGUCCUGAUUAGCAAUUGUAAAACUGCCAUUUGUAAAAUGUAAACAUAUUUAUGUAAAAAAAUAGUUCAAAUUCAUAACAUAUUCUUGAAAGAUAUUUUAAUUUAAGUAAUACAUAUUUGUACAGUAAGAUUCACAGAUAGAUAAGUUCCCAAAUUUGUGCCAUUUGCUCUAAGCCCAUCCAGGUUAGGUUUAAGACUGAACAUCUCAAUAGGAGUAUCUAUGACUUGCUACAUUUCCAAACAGAACUGAAUGAUAUGGAAAAAGUUUGUAUGAUGGUGGCAAGGACUUGACCACUGCUGAGAUAAUUAGUAGGGGCAUAGUGGGUAUCAUUUGUGAUAGAAGCCAUUGGAAAGGAACACAUAUACUUAUCAUAAAUUGGUAAUAUCACUAGUCAAUCUUUAUAACAAGUUGACAUUCCCCUUAAAAUACAAAUAAAUUUGUAACACUGCCAAUAUAUAUUUAUAACAGACUGACAUCAUUUUAAAAUGUGACAGCCAAGACAUGUCAUUGUAGGAAUAAAAAUAUAAAGGAGA